AUGAGUCUUCUACAAUCCGGCAUCCAUCUCGACCAGCGGGAGCUGGGCGGAUCGGAUAAUACAUCCGUUAUUGAUGCACUUGCGCGAUUCUCCGCCUUCCUCAUUACCGCGGAUGUGGAAGAAAAGAAACAUGGAAAUGCGGCGGCCGCAAAGUUCAAACCAACGCCUGAAUUACAUGCUGCCAUCAAACCACCACUACUUGCGCUUGGGGCUAUAGAGGGCAAACAAGAAUAUAACGUGUGGCGCAUAUACGAAUCAACAAACCUCACAUUUUCGCCCGGCCCUGCAGACAUAGUCCCAGCUAGAGUUGGUAGAGCAUUCAUUGCGGAUAAGCCUCUGCAGAUAGGAGAAUACACCCAUCUUACAAGAAAGGAAUUGCUGGAUCCUGGGACAGAGCCCGCUGAUAUUAUUGCGCUUCGCUGCUAG